AAUCAAACGUCUACGUCGUCAACCUCAUCCACUUCAUCCACUGCCGACCUCAUCAAAAAAAGAAAAGCUACGCAAAUAUCAGAAGUUCUAAAUCUAGAAGAGGCAUUAUCGUAUGCUCCACCACUUCUAAAUUAUCUCCUGAUGCUUGCGAAUCGAAAACCUGCACGAAAUCUGACCACGAACCAUCUAAAGUACGUCUUUGGGAAGGCUCUCUCGAAGACGUACCAUCUAAAGUACGUCUUUGGGAAGGAAGGCUCUCUCGAAGACGUACCAUCCGAACCACGAUUUGCCUUACAUGAUCGGGUGAUUAUUGAAGAGGAUGUUCGUAGCCUCUUUUCAAUAAACUUUUGUGAGGUGUUGAGCAACCUUAUGGGACCGGAUUAUGAGUAUACAAGACGAGAUACCAAAGCCGCCGGUAUACCUGACUUCAAUU